AUGAUUGAUUAUCAUGACCAUGCAAAUUCAUUGAUUGUCAAGGCGCGCUCUCCAACACGUGUGUCUCCUACAAGGGACCCAUCAACUGCCUCAGCCAACGGUAAAUCCAACAUGCAUCGCUAUCCACACGACUGGAUUGGUCACGUGGCCAUCUACUACUCUAAAACCGACCUAAUUAAACCAAAUUCUAGUGGGCUGAGCAAUAGGCUUAAGGCUGGAAAGCAGCCCGACUGUAUUUGUCAAUUGGGCUUAUGUAAGGAUUAA